AUGUACGGCAAAGGAUAUAUACGCAAAGUACCUAGUCUGUCCACCUCUGUUGUUAUCCUUGUACAUGAGCAUUCCACCAAGUUUCCGCCUCUGCAACAGAAUUUUACCUCAAAUCCGAUGAAGACCACGCUUCUCCUCUGGCUCAGCUUCUGUGCAAUGAGUUCCCUUGCAUCGAGCUUCAAGCCCCAAGGCCACACUGGGUACGAAGGAGACGCAGCAUUGGACAUCAAGGCCAAAUACCUGCAGUACAUCGACACCAUCAACUCAGACAUGCCGCCAGGUAGCCUUGACCCAUUCCUCAAAGACGGAUUUGUGUUCAACGGCUUUCCUCCAUCGACCCCAGCAGACGCCAUCGAGAACGUGAAGUCGGUCCGCCAACUUCUUCCCAAGCUUCACUUCGAGAUCACCUGGAUGAUUUUAGAAAGGAGCAUUGACGCGCUUGACGAAGGCCAACUGGCCGUGCGGGCCAAUAUAACGUACGAACCAGAGCCCGGCAAGGAGCUGGCUUUCUAUGAGCACUGUUUCUACCGCUUUGAAGCUGGGAAGAUAGCGUUCUCGCAGAGUGUGGUGGACACGUUCGAUCUGCCAGAGAAGGAUCGGGCAAUAGCCAGGAAUUUAUAG